UGGCUUGUUACGGAGCCUGAACGCGUUAUCAUGAACAAGCAGCCAAUCGGUGUCAGGAGGCAGGAAACUAUGAACUAAUCGUAGAUUUGGAAGCCAUAUUUGUCAAAAUACAGUGAGUGGUGCUCUGUGAUUCUGGUUUAAGAAGAUGCCGGUGGGAAUUUCAGCGAUCAGGUGUUCAUCAUGGGCCCCGAUGUGCCGCUUCUCAACGACUAUAAGCAGGAGUUUUUCUGGAAGCGUUUCCCUCAGACCAUACUGGGGGGGCCCAGGCUCAAGCUGGGCUUCUGCGCCCCCCCAUACGUCUACAUCCACCAGGUAGUACUCUUUUUCACCCCAUGGCUACUGGGUGGCGUGGGCACACUGCUCUAUCAGCUCCAGGUGAUGGACGAUGCCAGUGCGGGUAUAUUAUCCGGAGCACUCAUGCUGUUCUUUGGUGCCACUCUACAAACUCUGUCUCAGUGGGUUGCUCGGAAAACAGGGGCCGUCCAGAGACUUCCGGCAGCCCGUAAUGUCAUGGCUGACGAGGAAGAAGUGGAGUUCACACGUUGUGCAGGACCUGAAACCGUGCGCUUUAUAGCACCAGGGAAGAGGUUUAUGUGCAAUGUAGUCUUGCACACUACCCUGGCUGGAGCGAUGUGCGGCUUCGGGACGUGGUAUCUGCUGCCUGGUCGGCUCAGUGCAGUUUUUGGAAAUGCCAGUGCAGUGAUUCCUGUGUUUGUGCUCAGUUGGCUUACGUUGUGCAUCGGAGAAUAUUCACUCAUCGUCAACACAGCAGCAGAAACGGCUACUUUCCAGCCACAGGAUACAUACGAGAUCACGGCGCUCACCAGGCCGCUGUAUAUAUUCGCAUUCAUCGCUGUGGACCUGGCACUCAGGUGUGUUGGAGGGGGCGUAAGUGAACUGCAGGUGGCCAGUCAGGUGAUACACUUGCUGUUUUUGGCGCUACCUGUGCUUUGGUCACUGGGCAUGCUUUCUCCUCUGGAUGCUCUGAUUCUAUGGAUCAUGGAACAAAGUUUGAUUCAUGCGCUCGGGGGCUCGGCUAUGGCUACUAAUCGCAGAUUGGUGCUGAUGUUCCUGACGUCUGUGUGUGUCUGCAUCUCCACAUUCUUCAUCCCUUCCUCCCUGGGGGUGGUCCUCUUCACUGUUGCUAUGGGUUAUCUCCUUAGUCAGGACCUUGCACAGAUACCUGUGCUGUUACGUGGUAGGAAAGGUGACACACUCACUCCUUCACCCUCUCACUCUCUCAGUUUGGGCUGGUGGAGUCUCCCCCUCUCUGCCCUCCUCCUGUCGGCUGCUUUGACUGAAGCGGCUCUGCUCCAUGGCCUCAGUCCUGUUGUGGGGCUCAACGUGAGCACGGUGGAGCUCUGGACGUCAGGAGAUGUCGUCUCAGAUCCUCAGGCUGUUAUUGGUUGGAUUCUUAUCAGUCUCUUCAUCAUCACCCGGGUGUUGAGGGAGAUUCAGGGAGCGUGUGUGUUUGGGGGGCUCAUCCUGAACCCCCUCUUUCCAAAACGAGUCAGCAGUGUUCAGGCAUUCAGGAGGAAAACCAGAGGAUUGUGGGGUGCAGCACUUGUCCACCGAGCUCUUCUUAACCUGGUGUGCCCAUUAGCCAUGAUAGCGUACCUAGCCAUGGACGUGUCUCUCCAGGAGCUACACACCGUUGCGCUUUCCGUCGGCUUCACACGAGCCUUCAGAAUGGCGUGGCAGAACUGUGAGGACAGUAUCCUGCAGAUGGUGGUGGUGGUAAUUGUGAGAUUGGCAGAUGGAGGACGAGUUUUACAACAGUGGCACAAUCUGGGCACCGGAGUGCAGCUUAUAGUGGUGUCUCUGAUGUUGGAUCGCCUCUCUCAGUUUGUGUUGAAGCUAAAAUUCGCCCUGAUGGUGCUGAUCACGUCGUGGACCGAGACGAAGCAGAGGCGCCAGUCGGCGGGUGCUCUGUUGGCUCUGAACGCGGCGCUGUGCCCCCUGUUAAUGACCGUGGUGAUGCUGGCAGCCCUGCUUUCUGCUCCUCUCCUGCCACUCUUUACACUACCUGUGUUCCUGGUCGGGUUUCCCAGGCCCCUGCGCUCCUGGCCUGGUACACCUGGCACUGCUUGUCCAUGCCCAGAUUCCAUCUACUACCAGCAGCUCAGUGCCAGGCUGGCAUCAGCGCUGAGGCAGGCGUUCGCAAAUGGAGCAAUGGGUUCUUAUGCUCCUGGUUCUCAUUUCCUGGGCCGGUUCCAGGAUCGAGUGGUGUGGAUAAGCGUGCUAGAGAAGGGCUACGGCUAUUGCACAGUCAACAUCAAGGGUUUGGAGCUGCAGGAGACGUCGUGCCACACUGUUGAAGCCCGGCGAGUUGAUGAGGUCUUCGAGACUGCAUUCGAUCGUCUGGAGCGUCCCGGACGUUUCCUCCACUUUCUGAACCCUCACUGGGGAAACGCUCUCACCCCCUGCACCCUGCUGCCCGUCACCAUCUACUCGGACGCCCGCAACGUCUUGACUGGCAUCAUCGACUCGACAGAUCACCUCCGCCAGCUUCGUUCAGAUUUUCUGAAGACAUUAGUGUGGAUUCUGCUGCGUCAUUCCAUGCAAAACAGGACCUUCAGAGCAAAAUCACACUCAAUGCACAGUUCCCAGCAUGCCGUGCAGCCCGAACCAGUCUCCGAUGGUGCAAAACUGGGCGUGGUUUCACAAAGUCACUUUGAUUCCUCAUCUUCUCCACAGCUGAGGGGGCGGAGCAGCGUGUCCUCAUUUUCCGACUGGUCAGACGAGGACGACCUGUUCGGGCCGGUUCCAGUACGGAAACCGGUUCGUAGGAUGGUGCUGCGGACAGAGGAGGAGCACAUGUCUCUGCCAGGUUCUGUAGAAAUCCACACCCUUUAUGAGAAUUUAGCGCUGGCUUCUCUGCCUACGUUGCGGCCACUCGGGCUAGGGAUCGGCCUUGAUAAGGAAAAGGAUGACGCCCUGCUCGUUAGCUCCGCCCCAUUUGCAAGGUUUGAUUCCACAAACCAUCCAAACUUCUCCUCGCCUCAUUCGGAAAUGAUUUCACCUCCAGCGUCCUGGUUUUCCGGCCCUUUUUCUGCUUCUAAGCUCCACCCACUCCGCUCCACCUUCCCAGAUGAGUGGUUCCGGUUCUGUCUGGCUCAGCUAGUAAUGGAGGGAUUAUGGGAAGGCGAGGAAAAGCAGAGUGUGUGUAGAGUGCUACAGGAGGACAGCACACUGAUGGAGAUGUACAGCCAGGUGGCGCUGUCCUGCGCCUUGGCAUUAGGCAUGGACCUGGCAGUGCCAAGUGCUAGCUUUGUUUUUAGAGUGUACUGCGGAGACGCAGCAUGGCACGAAGGUCUCGAGUGGCUCCGAGAAAAUAGCGAGCUGCAUCAGCUCACGCUCAGGGCUUUUAGGUACAGUGUGAAGCUGCUGAUAGACCAGGCGUCUCUGGGGCCAGUGGAGAGUAUGGAGGAGUUAUAUUCCACACUGGAUGAUUAUCAUCAGCGCUGGUUUAUUGGUGGAACAUCAGAACGUGGUUGGCAUGAUGGAGUCCUGCAGGAGAAACCCUUCCUGUUCUCCCUCGGCCACGACCUCACCAUGGGUUCCUAUACAGGACGGGUGCUGUCUCUGCAGGACUGUUUGUUCCAGCUGGGUGCACUGAGUGAGGAGUGUGUUCGUGGUCAGUGGGCCAAUCUGUCUUGGGAGUUGCUGUACGCCACCAACGACGACGAGGAGCGCUACAGCAUCCAGGCCCAUACAAUACUGCUCAGGAAUCUGACCGUACAGGCUGCAGAACCACCGCUAGGUUACCCUAUCUACUCCUGCAGCCCUACACACCUUGCCUGCUUCUGACACACACACACAGCUCUGAGCGGUGGAAUGAACCUGCACCACCUCAGCAUGGGCUGGGAAUUGAUAAUGGGAAAUAAUUUGUGAUGCACAUGGACAGAUUUUUUGUAGCUGCACGUACAACACACCGUCUGACAGAACUGAUAAACGAGUGUGUGCUUGUGCUAUAUCUAAACACACCUGAAACUGUACAACAUCUAAUGCACGUUUUAACACGCACACAACAUACGCUGUUGUUAUCGUAGUCAUGAUGCGUGCUGGAGUGUUGCAGCCUGUGUGAAUGCCAACAUCCCUGCAGCACUUUUUGUUACUGGAUGUACCAAAUAAAUCAAAUCAAAAAAUGGUGCAUUCCUGUAAAGUAACCUCAAACAAAGAAGCUGACAAUAUUUAGUA